AUGGAGCCCGCGGCCACGAAGCGCAGAGAAGGAAAGAAAAGUCUGAGGGUGAAGGUGAUCAGCCUGGGGAACGCGGAGGUGGGAAAGAGCUGUAUCAUAAAGCGUUACUGUGAGAAGAGGUUUGUGCCCAAGUAUCUGGCAACCAUCGGCAUCGACUAUGGGGUGACCAAGGUGCAGGUGAGGGACCGGGAGAUAAAAGUCAACAUCUUCGACAUGGCGGGACACCCUUUCUUCUACGAGGUCCGGAAUGAGUUCUACAAGGAUUCCCAGGGGGUGCUGCUGGUGUAUGACGUGGGUCUGAGGGAGAGUUUUGAAGCUCUGGACUCGUGGCUCACGGAGAUGAAGCAAGAGAUGGGCUCCACCGCCAACAUGGACAGCAUCGUCUUCACCGUCUGUGCCAACAAGGUGGACCUGUCUAAACGCCGUGUUGUGGAUGAGGGCGAGGGCAGGCUUUGGGCGGAGUCUCGAGGAUUUAAUUAUUUUGAAACUUCUGCACAAAGUGGAGAAGGAAUCAACGAGAUGUUUCAGUCCUUCUUCUCGUCGAUCGUCGACACGUGUGAAAACGGCGGGAAGCGUCCAGUGGCGGAGAGCACCGCAGGCUUCACCAAAGAACAGGCCGACACCAUCCGCCGCAUCCGCACCAGCAAGGACUCAUGGGACAUGCUAGGGGUCAAGCCAGGGGCAACCAGGGAGGAAGUGAACAAAGCGUACAGGAAGUUGGCCGUUCUGCUGCAUCCUGAUAAAUGUGUGGCUCCAGGAAGUGAGGAUGCCUUCAAGGCGGUGGUGAACGCCAGGACCAAUCUGCUGAAGAACAUAAAGUGA